GCGCAGUUGUCAGAGAUAUCACAAAACGUGUUCAAUGUUGUCAGCUGAGUGCUCGAGGAGAUCCACGCGAGGAAAAUGACAGCAGAAGCUUCAGAUCCCAACAAAGAGGAUAUUUUAAUGAAUUUUCAGAGCUGCUUCUUCUCCAUGGGUCGUUUGGCGUCUUACCCUUGGGCUUUUGUAGAAAAAGAACUCGUUGGCAGUAACUCCACAGAAGUGAUUUCGCAAAUAUUGAAUCAGACUUGUUGCCAUCCUCUGUGCACAGCCUUCCCUCCCUCCGUCCGAUACAGACGUCUCUUCCUCUCUGAGCUCAUCAAACGGCAGGAGACCUCAGGCUGUGACCCCUCAGACCAGCUGUACGACGCUCUAGCUCAGGUCAUCGGAGCCGAGGAGACCACGCAGUGCUACAAGUCCUACUUCCUGCCAGGUGGAGGCGCUGUGACACUGCAGGAGAACGUGGCUUUGAUUUCAGACGGCACCACGGGGCUGGUUACGUGGGAGGCGGCGCUGAACCUCGCAGAAUGGGCUCUGGAAAACCAACAGUAUUUCAACAACAGGUCGGUUCUGGAGCUGGGCAGUGGAGCAGGCCUCACCGGGAUCACCGUCUGUUCCUCUUUGACUCCCUCCAGGUUCAUGUUCAGUGACUGUCACCCAAAGGUGCUCCAUAAACUCAGGCAGAACGUCGCUCUAAACAGACUUGACCAGCAGGCGGUGCAGGUGGAGGAGCUGGACUGGGCGUUUGUGACAGAGGAGGAGCUCAGAGCCAUUGGAGCAGAGACCGUCAUCGCUGCAGAUGUGGUGUAUGACCCAGUCGUCGUGGAAACGCUGGUGCGACUUCUCUCUCGGAUCGUCGCGAGUUCGAGUCCUGACAUUUUCAUCUGCUCCACCGUCAGAAACCCCGACACGUACAGAGACUUCACGCAGAGGCUGGAAAAUGCAGGAAUCCUUCACGAGGUUUUGUCUGGACCAGUCAGAAGAAUAUUUCCCUACAACAGAGUCUCUCAAAUAGAAAUUAUCAAAUUGUACAAAAAAACAUAACAUUAAAGAUUUUAUUUUACA